AAACCAACCAGAAAAUGGCGUUCAGAAGCUACUGCCAUCCUCACCCUUCUUCCUCCGUGGCCACCACCGGCCCGAGACUCGGCGCAAGGAACCCGGCGGCAGCCUUGAGCUUCAGAACCUCUGCAGCCCAUGAACGCAACCAGCCAUCCUCGCACCUCUCCUUUGCUGCACCAACCAGCAACAAGGUGUUCGAAGACCAGGUGAGAGGGAUCGUGUGCUACAGGGACGACAAGGGGGAGCUCGUCUGCGAGGGCUACGAUGAGGGCCCGAGGCUCGGAAUGCGGCUGCCGGAGAAGGCCUGCUUCCCGUGGCCUGUGGGAGUCCAGGUCACCGAUUUCAUCCGUCUCGCGACGCUUCGGGUCUUCGAGGACGGCGCCGAGGACGGUCUUCUGCACAAGAACGAUCAGAAGUGGCAGCUCUGAAGUGACCAAGGGGUGGGGGGACCGAUCAAGUAAGAGCAAUAACUGGAAUAACCGGAGGAGCAGCCAUGUGUGGCAAAUGCCCUGCUUAACUAGCAGUGAUAUUUUAUUCUGCAAACAGCUUGGUUAAUAUCACCACAAUCACUUCUGCUUUGCUGUUGUUGUGUGCUAGCAUACGAAUCAGUUAUAUGACAGUGAUGAUCUUUUUAUA